AUGGAUGUUUCAGAAAUAACGAAUUCAUCGACAAAACUUAUUAAAAUUGAUGAAGUCAAAUCAACAGCUCGAAAACAAAGAGUGGCAGCGCAUAGUCAUGUUAAAGGUUUAGGAUUGUAUCCUGAAACAUAUACUGCUAAAAAUUUAGCCAGCGGAUUUAUUGGUCAAGUGGAAGCUCGAGAAGCAGCUGGUAUAAUUGUCGACUUAAUAAAAACGAGGCGUAUGGCCGGACGAGCUGUUCUUUUGGUUGGACCUCCAGGCACCGGAAAGACAGCAAUAGCAUUGGCUAUGGCACAGGAAUUAGGCGACAAGAUUCCAUUUUGCCCUAUGGUCGGAUCAGAAGUAUUCUCAUCAGAAGUUAAAAAAACAGAAAUACUUAUGGAAAACUUCCGUCGCUCAAUAGGUCUUCGUGUAAGGGAAAAGAAAGAAGUCUAUGAAGGUGAAGUAACUGAAUUGGUACCAGUUGAAGUUGAUAGUUCAAGUGGAACUUAUGGGAAGACUAUAUCACAUAUACUUUUAACACUGAAAACAACUAGAGGUACUAAACAGCUGAAAUUAGAUCCUACUAUUUACGACAGCAUUUUGAAGCAACAUAUCGAAUUGGGUGAUGUUAUAUAUAUUGAAGCAAAUACGGGUGCAGUAAAGCGAUUAGGACGCUGUGAUGUUUAUGCCACUGAAUUCGACUUAGAGGCUGACGAAUUUGUUCCUUUACCUAAAGGUGAUGUUCACAAAUCGAAGGAAGUAGUUCAGGAUGUGACAUUACAUGAUCUGGAUGUUGCAAAUGCGCGUCCUAAAGGUGAAGGUGGAGAUAUGUUAUCUUUGCUAGGCCAGCUAGUCAAACACAAAAAGACCGAAAUUACUGAUCGUCUUCGCAACGAAAUAAAUGCGGUCGUUAAUGAUUACAUUGAUCAGGGAAUAGCUGAAUUAAUGCCUGGUGUUCUCUUUAUUGAUGAAGUUCAUAUGUUAGACAUCGAAUGUUUCACUUAUCUACAUCGUGCUCUGGAAAGUACCAUUAGUCCUAUUGUUAUAUUUGCUACCAAUCGCGGACGAUCUAAAGUGCGUGGCACUGAAGUGUUUUCAACCCAUGGAAUUCCAUCAGAUUUGCUUGAUCGUAUUCUUAUAAUUACAACGAAACCUUAUAAAUUCGACGAAAUUUUGGCAAUAGCCAGAAUUCGUGCGGAAGCAGAAGCAGUUCAAAUUGAUGAGGAAGCACUUAAUUUUCUUGGUGAAAUAGGAGUAAAAACUUCCUUGAGAUAUGUAACUCAACUAUUGACGCCUGCGAAAUUAUUGGCUCAGGUAAACGGACGCGACUUCGUUUCGUUUGAUGACAUAAAACAGUGUUCGGAAUUAUUUAUUGAUGGAAUACGAUCUUCUCAAAUAAUUCUCGCUGAACAAGCUGCUAAUGCUGAAUCUAUAAUGAAAACAAAUAGCACUGAAACACCAAUGGAAACUGAUAGUCGUUAA